GCUACGGUCGCCGGACACACCGUGGCUCUGAACCCCGGAACGGUCCUGCUCGUUUCCCUCACUCUCUUUCCCACGAUUCGCACCCGGGCCCCAGGUGCUGAGCGCUAUUUCUCGGCUCCUGCGUAGCUCUGCGACAGGUUGAAAACAGCAAAGAAUUUCUGAAUGGGGAUCUUGAAAACAAAAACACGUCAGUUCUGCUGUCUUUGUCAGCUCACCAGCAUUUGAAAACAAUCAGUCUCUGAAUGUAGAGGAGGAGAUGCUUGAGAAGACAGCACAACAGUCACAGCAAGGAGAAUCCGAACACGUGUUCAGUGUCGGGGUGAGAUUUGGAUGAACCUACCUGUAUCUUCAAGUCAUUGAAGGAGUGACCAGAUAUUUCCUUGUACGCCAGUGAGUUCAAAUCAUGGAGGGGCCAUUCACCUGCGCCGUGUGUGGGAAGGGAUUCUCUCAGUGUGCCCAGCUGAUCAGUCACCAGCGUGUUCACACUGGGGAGAGGCCGUUCACCUGCGCUGAAUGUGGGAAGGGAUUCACUCGGCCAUCUCAUCUACUGGCACACCAGCGAGUUCACACUGGGGAGAGACCGUUCACCUGCUCUGAAUGUGGGAAGGGAUUUACUGAGUCGUCUAACCUGCUGGCACACCAGCGAGUUCACUCUGGGGAGAGACCGUUCAUCUGCUCGGUGUGUGGGAGGGGAUUCUCGACUUCAACUCAGCUGAUGAGGCACCAGCCAGUUCACACUGGGGAGAGACCGUUCACCUGCUCUGAAUGUGGGAAGGGAUUCACUCAGUCAUCUAACCUACUGGCACACGAACGAGUUCACACUGGGGAGAGUCCAUUCACCUGCUCUGAAUGUGGGAAGGGAUUUUCUCGGUCAUCACACCUGCUGGCACACCAACGAGUUCACACUGGGGAGAGACCGUUCACCUGCUCUGAAUGUGGGAGGGGAUUUACUCAGUCAGUUAACCUACUAGCACACCAGCGAGUUCACACUGGGGAGAGACCGUUCACCUGCUCUGAAUGUGGGAAGGGGUUUACUCGGUCAUCGAGCCUUCUGGCACACCAGCGAGUUCAUACCAGAGAGAGCCCAUUUGUCUGUUCUGUGUGUGGGAAGGGAUUCACUCGGUCAACUCAUCUGAUAAGACACCAGCGAGGUCACACUGGAGAGAACCCGUUCACUUGUUCCAUUUGUGAGAAAGGGUUCACUCGGUCAGCUCAGCUGCAGAUCCACCAGCGAGUUCACACUGGGGAGCGACCUUUCACCUGCUCUGAAUGUGGGAGGGGAUUUACUCAGUCAUCUGACUUACAGACACACCAGCGAAGAAGUCACAGUGGGGAGAGGCCAUUCAGCUGCUCUGAAUGUGGGAAGGGAUUUACUCUGUCAUCUUCUCUUCUGAGACACCAGCGAAUUCACACGGGGGAGAGACCAUUCACGUGCUCUGAAUGUGGGAAGGGAUUCACUCAGUUAUCUAACCUACUGGCACACCAGCGAGUUCACACUAGGGAGAGGCCAUUCAUCUGUUCCACGUGUGGGAAGGGAUUCUCUCAGUCAUCUCAGCUGAUGACACAUCAGCGAGUUCACAGUGGGGAGAGACCAUUCACCUGCUCUGAAUGUGGGAAGGGAUUCACUCAGUCGUCCAACCUUGUGACGCACUACCGGGUUCACACUUGGGAAAGUGCUUAAAUAAGCAGCCUGCUGGAUAUUUAACCGUCACAGUUUCUGAGUCCACAGACACAUUCAAAAGCGAUUGUAGGUGUCAGACUAAUUAUUUUGCUCUCAUCAAACCAUGUCUGCGCCCCAGUGAUUGGGAUGGGAAGUGUUUCUUAUUUAAUGGGAUUGGAGUUUAAU